GGGAGGGGGCGGAUAUCAAACCAGAGCACAAGAAGCAGAUUGCGGGCACCGCGUCAGAGACGAGAGGACACACAACAUUACACGGCUCAUAAUUCCCCAGCCAGAGCAACCAGAGCAGCAGCACCACCAACAGCAGCAGCAGCAGCGGCAGCAGCAAAUCCUGCACCUCCAAUAAACCCUACACAACCCAGGAGCAGAGACCUAAAAGAACAUCAGCAGCAUUAACAGACCUUUACAACAUGGGGGUCAUAUAGAGGGCAACUGUCUGUAUGUGUGUGGAUGUGCAGAAGUGAGUGUGUAUGUUUGUGAGCAGAGUUUGAGUGUGAGUGAGGAACCCUCAGAACAGCAGUUAAUGAGUGGAGUCCAGAAGAAUGAGUCUUGACCCCGUGCAGGUCAUGAAGGGCCAGGACCCCAUGGCCCUUAGCCCUCCGCCAGCUUCUAAUGGAGACAGCAAAGUGUCCUGGGAUGAAAAAGAGGGCUUCUGUGACAGUGUGGGUCCCAAAAAGCCCAAAUCAGGACCAGUGAGACGGGCCCGGAAGGUGGAGGGAGGCAUUUUCUUUCCCAAGCCAGAGAAUGCAGUGACAAUAGCGGUGUCAUCUCGGGUGCUGUUCCGUACAGAGAAAGAGCAGAAGGUGUUUGAGGAGAAAGGAGUGGAGGAGUAUCUCAAAUACCAGGUGGAACAUGAGAAUGAACCUUUUGCUCCUGGACCAGCGUUUCCAUUUAUUAAGGCCCUGGAGUCAGUUAACACAAGAUUACGGGAACUGUAUCCAGAGAGCGAGGAGCUUUUUGAUAUUGUUCUGGUGACCUACAACCACGCAAACGUAGGAGUGAGGCUUAUCAACACCAUCAACCACCACAAUUUGUUUAUUGAGCGGUUCUGCAUGACAGGAGGAAGCAGCCCCAUUGGCUACCUGAAAGCGUGGCACACUAACCUGUACCUGUCAGCUGAUGCAGAGAAGGUCCAGGAGGCACUGUCUGAAGGCAUUGCAGCAGCAACCAUGUUCAUGCCAGAGAAGCAGAUAGAGGUGUCAGAGACCCAGCUGAGAGUGGCCUUUGAUGGAGAUGCAGUUCUGUUUUCUGACGAGUCAGAACGCAUAUUUAAAGCUCAUGGUCUGGACAAGUUUUUUGAGCAUGAAAGAGAAAAUGAGAACACACUGCUGGAUCAUGGUCCUCUGAAGGGUUUUCUUGAGACUCUUGGAAAGCUCCAGAAGAAGUUCUAUGCUAAAGGCCACAGGUUGGACUGCCCCAUUCGCACCUACUUAGUAACGGCCCGCAGUGCAGCCAGCUCGGGUAUCCGUGCCCUAAAGACUCUCCGUGCCUGGGGACUGGAGACAGAUGAAGCCCUGUUUCUGGCCGGGGCUCCUAAAGGCCCCAUGUUGGAGAAAAUACGACCCCACAUUUACUUUGACGAUCAGAUGUUCCAUGUAGAAGGAGCUGUGGAGAUGGGCACCAUUGCUGCACACGUGCCCUACGGCAUAGCACAGAAAUACCCUCAUAAAAAAAAGAGCACCAACUCUGCCAAGUAGCAGAGACACAACAGACCCCAAGUGGAUGGGACAUAUGCAAAUGAAAAUCAUAUGUCCUGUGCUAAAUGCCUGAGUGGGCUUAGAAGAAAGACUUGGGUUGUGGAAAUACAUAUAUCUUGACAUGAUGUCGACAAGAUGCCAUAAAUGCUUUGGUUUAAAUGAACUGAACUGAACUGACAGACUUUCAUUUAUACAUGAAUUUGACCCAACACUGGCUGAUACCAUUAAUCCCUGUAUCUCUUCUGUCUUCACUGUGUUAUUCAGCCUUAUUCUGCUCAUCAUUGUGUGUCAAUACCAGCUUGUGCUGAGAUACACAAUAUUGCCAUCAUCCUCAUUGUCCUCAGUGUCUUUAACUACAGUAUGAAACACAUGAAGUGAACUGUGUGUAUAAAGGAAAACUGUAAAUUCAUGUAUAAAGUGAAUUAUUUUGCUCUAUGUAAGAGAAAUUACUGUAACAUUGUUUGUUUAUAGUGUGAUAUGAUGUGGUCUGUCUUGUAUAUUCAUAUGGUGCUUAAAAAAAGCAACUAUGAUACUACAAUAUAUAAGCGACAGACUCAUCAGAGCUCAUUGUACAAGAUAAUAAAAGCCAUAAACACGA